AUGUGCGGCAUCGACUCGGCGGACGAUAAGACUGCUUAUGGACUCAAGCUCUGCUGUUCCUUUUUCGGCUGGUAUGGGACCGAGACCGUUCAAUGCCGCGACCCAGAGCCUCAGUACGGCAAGACUCCGUGUCAUCAAGGAUUCGGGUCGUGCGAGAUGAAGAGCACGACGCAGUGCGCCACCAGCUCCGGGACCUCCAACGGACGACAAAUAGGGUACUAUCAGAGAUAUAACAUACGGGAGAGGGCCUGUGACAAGGGUGCAGAUAUCAACUGGGAGUACCCAUCAGAGCCGAAGCGUGGUGGCCGCGCCCCUGAUGUCGCGAAUCUAGUGCUCCUGAUGAAGGAGAUGCGGGCUGCCUUUUCGCCCAAGGGCUUCCGCAGCAGUCUGGCUCUCGCUCCCGACUACUGGUAUCUCAGAGGCUUCCAUCCAGCCGACAUGCAGGAGUAUAUGGGCUUCAUGGGCUUCAUGUCAAGGCUCUCGGCUCUAUCUGGGAACAGCUGGGUAGGCUACGACGACGAUGAGACCUACGCCCUCAAGCACGCCUUUGCCAACGACCUCUGCAUUGGUCGUGCCAAGAUUUGGUCCAUUGACUUCGGCGCCGAGACUGGCGGUGGUGGAGCGUUAAAUGAGUAUAUUUCUCCUGAAUCAGCAACCAUCAUCCCAAUGGCACACACAACGAUCGCCAAAGGGGCAACAUUUACACUUGGGCCAGGGGCUACUACCGACAUUCCGAGGCUACCGAAAGGUGGCUAUCAGAACACACCGAAGUCGGCGGGUCACCCACAGGCUGGAUGA